AUGGAUGGUAGGCGAGCAAGCGCAAACGCCUGGCAAGGCCGGGCCAGGUUCGAACCGCUGAGCGCAGCCCUUCGCCAUCAGUUAAUAGCAAACUAUAUUACCUGGCAUCAUCCCUUCAACCCGGUCUUGAGUGGAACCGAUAUCCAAGGUCUUCUCAGGAGUCAACCUGGACAAUACAGUCCCAGUCAACUCCUAUUAAACGCUACUUUUUUUAUCGGGGGAGAGACGAUUGACUCUGCUUCGUUGAUAGAGGCGGGGUUCAAAAACAAGCAAGCGGCAAGACGGAUCUUCUUUAGCAGAGCCCUGAAAGCUGAUCAGGCAAGGAAGGCUCUCUACCAGCGAAGAUACGAAAAAGACCCGGUGAUCAACGUUCAGACGUUGCUUCUCCUCUCGUUUAGCGACUCCAAGGGUCAUCUCUGUGGAUACCCAAAUGCAUGCUACAAUGACUGUUCGAUGAUUGGGCUAGCACUGCAGGUGCACCGUGACAAUUCCAAGUACAUGUUGGGCACGGAAAAAGAGCCCUUCUGGCGCGGUCUGUGGUGGUUGUGCUUUGCUCGGGAACAGGAGUUACGAUGGCGAUAUGGACAUCAGCCUGGUACGACCACCGCCGGUGAUGUCCCAAUGUCCGUUGAUGAGGAUCCCCCAUUCGAUCUCACAGUGCCUGGCGACUUAGAUGUAAAGGGGAACCAGGACGACGCGGCCAGCAACAUGUUGAAGUUGGUUUGCCUCCGGCGUAUCGAACUAUUUCAUGGUCAAUUCCUACGUUGGAGUCGUCUCCAGUCCCUCGCCCAUGCCGACGGUGGAAACAGUCCAAAACCCUCCUCCAGAGUAGCUCUUCUGAAUGGUUUGUUGCUCUGGUUCUCCCAAUUGGAACCAGAGAUCGUGUCGCUCGCAUCUCUAGCGUGCCCGCAAAACGACUGCAGCUACGUGGCUGCGACUCAUACUGCGAGACUUCUCAUCAUGUUCAAUCUCCAGAUUUUCAUUGUCGCCGAUAUGACAGCGAUCGACCCUUGUCAAGAAGUUGGUUAUCCAAAAUUUGAAACCAUCAACAAAGUCGGCCAGGUACGAGAGCGGGCACUUCAGGGCUUGUUGCAAGUUACGACCGCCAUGUGUGAAAAUGGGCUAAUACGAGUCACUUCAAGCGAGGUCCUCGCCCAGUUGAUCGGGACGUUGACGAAGCAUCUCAUCCAAAGCGAGCACGACGCCCAAGAGUUUCGGCAGUCUGUAGGAUACAUCUCCAAGUUGCCCGACUUUGAAACUCAGACUCAGGAAUUGCUGCUUCAGUUAAUCCGAGGGUUGGAGACCCGGCGGCUCUAA